AUGCCUACACAGAUCGGUUACGGAUACGUCAAGGGCGCCACGGAAAUCACUAAAUUCAUCGACUUGCCAAUCCCAGAACCAGGUCCAAAUCAAUUAUUGUUAAAGAUUGAGGCAGCAGGAUUAUGUUUAUCUGACCCCCAUACGAUUAUUGGUGGACCACUUGCUCCUAAACCACCCAAGCCAAUGCCAACAAAGUUUGUCAUGGGCCAUGAAAUUGCCGGAAGUGUUUACAGAAUUGGCAAAGAUUUGGAAGACAAGCCUCAAUUCAAGCCGGGAUCACGGUUUGCAUUGCAAAUAAAUCAAGCUUGUGGGGCUUGUGAGUUUUGCAGAAGAGGUGAUGAUGGUAAUUGCAGUGAGUCAAGCCAAGCGUAUGGGUUGAAUGAAGAUGGUGGGUUUCAGCAAUUCUUGUUGAUUAAGAACUUGAGGACUCUUUUACCAAUUCCUGAUAAUGUGAGCUUUGCCGAGGCUGCCGUAUGUACUGACUCAGUAUUGACGCCAUUCCACGCAAUUCAGAAAGUUAGAGACAGAAUUAAACCUAGUUCAAAGGUGCUUGUGCAAGGAUGUGGUGGUUUGGGAUUAAAUGCAAUUCAAAUUUUAAAGCAAUACCAGUGUCAUAUCGUUGCUACUGAUUUGAAACCGGAUAUUGAAAAAGUGGCUAAAUCGUAUGGUGCCCAUGAAUUUUACACAAACUUGAACGACUCCAAACAUGAACCCAUGUCAUUUGAUGUUAUUUUUGAUUUUGUUGGUAUACAAGAAAGUAUCGACAUUUCAAACAAGUACAUCAAGAGAAGAGGUACAUUGUCCCAAACUGGAUUAGGUAGGUACAAGUUUAAAAUGCCAAAUUUUACAUUUGCAUUUAGGGAAGUUGAGGUUUUCUACAACUUUGGUGGUAGUUCAGCCGAGCAACUUGAGUGUUUGCAAUGGAUUGCCAAGGGGUGGAUUAAACCUAAUGUGCAGCUUGUUGAUUUUGAAAAGUUGCCUCAAGCAAUGCAAGAUUUGACUAAUAACAAAAUUAGAGGUAGAGUAGUCUUUAGACCAAAUAAGUUAUAA